GUUUACGUUCCUGCGAUGCGCCGAUGCGCGGUACGAUUGAAAAUCUACGCGGGACGCCAGUAUUCGUUCAUCCGAUUCAUUGAUCAGUCUUUUGUUUAUGCAACAAACCGGCUCAACGUGAUCUUUCAUUUAGAGAAAAUCCUCGAUAUUAUUCGUCAUAUCAGAAAUAAUCAAUCGAUCAACAAUCACUACAUCAAACGAUCAUGGCGGAACGACUCGAAGAUCUCAACCUACCCAAUGCGGUAGUCACAAGAAUAGUGAAAGAGGCCCUGCCGGAUGGUGUUACGAUUGGCAAAGAAGCCAGAGUUGCAGUGGCCAAAGCUGCUUCUAUAUUCAUUCUGUACCUCACCUCAGCCGCCAAUACAAUUGCCAAAAAAGGUAAUCGCAAAACAAUAUCUGGUGCGGAUGUCAUACAAGCCAUGGAAGAAAUUGAGUUUGAACAGUUUGUCACUCCGCUUAAAGAUGCCUUGGAAACGUUCAAGAAAUCCCAGAAAGAAAAGAAAGAUGCGACGACUAAAAGAAAACAGCAAAGGAAGGAUGAGGAUGGAAACGAAGUUGCGGAGGAUGAAUAAAAAUUCCAUUUUUAUCUUAGGUUUUUAUAUUGUUUCUAUUAUAAUAACUGUGUUAGGUCUAUUGUUAAGUAAUAAAAUGUUGUACGUUUUUUUUCUCUUUUUUCAUUUUUUAAAUUAUAUCUGUAUUUUUAUACAAUGUAAAGUGGGAUGGCUUCAAUGUCAACAUAAAAAUGUACAAUAUAAGACUAGAAGGAGGCCCUUGGCGUCGAAUUGCUUUUUGCAAUACAUAACAAAUUGAAUAAAAAUAACUCUUCGAACAUA